AGAUUUGCUUAUAAUGUAAAGGGUCCAAACUGAAAAUAUAUUAGAAUAGUCCUAGUCUUGGGAGCCAAUCGUUGUUUCCACGACUACUUUUCCCUCAAACUUCAUCCUUUCUAUUCACCAAUCCUUUUUUUCUUUAUAUUACACCUCCAAGUUUUGCUCAUUGGCUCCAUCUUCCUUCACAAGCAAUAAUGAUACGACGCCACGAAUCCGAAGAAGAAGAAGAAGAAGUUUUUUCUCAUGAAGAUUAUCAAUUAUCUUCUCCACUACCACUUCAUCGAUGUAUUGCCACUCUUGCAUGUCAUACAUCAUCCUACAUUUCAUCUCUAACCCUUGCAGGAAAGAGACUUUACACAGGCUCCAACGACGGAGUUGUCAGGUUGUGGAAUGCAAAGACGUUAGAAACGUUAGCGGAAGCAUCAAGCACGGGUGAUGUAAUAACAGAAGAAAGAAGGGGUGGAGGAGCAGUGAAAUCUUUGGUAAUCUUGGUUGAUAAACUCUUCACAGCACACCAAGAUAAAAAAAUACGUGUGUGGAAGAUAAACGACGUCGUUGAAGAAGAAGACGUGGGUGGUAAAAAGUACAUGCAUUUAGCAACGAUGCCAACUAUGAGCGACCGUUUCGUAAAGUGUUUGAUGCCAAAGAACCAAGUUGAAAUAAGGAGGCACAAGAAAGCUUCAUGGGUUCACCAUGUAGACGCCGUUUCGGGUUUAGCCUUAUCAAGAGAUGGAACGCUACUCUAUUCUGUUUCAUGGGACCGGACACUUAAAAUCUGGCGAACCACCGAUUUUAAAUGCCUAGAGUCUUUCACUAACGCCCACGAUGAUGCAAUCAAUGCGGUGGCAUUAUCCGAAAACGGAGAUAUAUACACAGGAUCUUCUGACCAGAGAAUCAAAGUGUGGAGGAAGAACGUCUAUGAGGAGAAUGAGAAGAAGAAAAAGAAGAAACAUUCUUUGGUAGCAACAUUGUUGGAGCAUAAUUCGGGUAUAAACGCAUUGGCACUAAGCGGUAACAAUGGCUCUCUUUUACAUUCGGGUGGAUCCGAUGGAUCAAUAUUGGUUUGGGAAAGAGACGAAGGUGGAAACAAUGGCGUUGCUGGAAUGCGAAGAGGUCACACAGAGGCUGUUCUAUGCCUCACGGUUGUUUCGGACAUACUUUGUAGUGGGUCUGCAGAUAAGACGGUGAGGCUAUGGAAAUGUUCUGCGACGGAUUAUUCAUGCUUGGCUGUGUUAGAGGGACACAGAGGACCGGUUAAGUGCUUGACCGGAGCAAUUCGUGACUCCAGUAAACCAUCAGAGACUUCUUAUCAUAUUUAUAGUGGAGGACUUGACUCUCAAGUUAAGGUUUGGCAGAUUUUUNUUAUGUUGGAUUACUUUUUUGGGUCUGCAGAUAAGACGGUGAGGCUAUGGAAAUGUUCUGCGACGGAUUAUUCGUGCUUGGCUGUGUUAGAGGGACACAGAGGACCGGUUAAGUGCUUGACCGGAGCAAUUCGUGACUCCAGUAAACCAUCAGAGACUUCUUAUCAUAUUUAUAGUGGAGGACUUGACUCUCAAGUUAAGGUUUGGCAGAUUUUUGUGCCAACCUCAUAA